AUGUCUUCUAAAUUCCUUCCUAAAAUUAGAAAGUUUGAGUCUGGAUACGAGAAGCGUAAGAAAAAGAAAAGACUUGAUGAGUUAACUCAAUCUCAAUUGGGAGCUCUUGAUAAAUUCAUAAUAAAAGAAUCAAAAAAUUUAGUUGAAAAUCAAAAUGCUGAUAAUGUUGAUGUAGAAAUUCUUGAAAACGUGGUUACUACUGAAAAUAUAGAAGAUAAUGGUGAUGUUAAUGCUACUAAAAAUAAUAACUUAGACGUUGAAACGGUUGAUGUUGAUAAUGUUAGUGACAAUGGAAAAGAUAUAUUUGAUCCGAGAAUUUGGGAUUCUCUUGAUUCCAAAAGUAUUGAUUUAUUAGCUACGAAAGGUCCUAAAAUAGAUUUCUCUAUUGUGAAGGGUCCUAAAGAUAAAUCAUCUAGACGAUUUACAGCUAAUUUGUAUACUAGAGUUUUAUCAAAUGGAGAGAAGUGUGAUAGAGAUUGGCUUGUUUACUCAAAAGAGCUUAAUAGAGCAUUUUGUUUUUGUUGUAAGGUUUUUAAAAAAGGGAUUGGUAGAGGUCAAUUAGCAAAUGAGGAUUUUAGUGAUUGGGCACAUGUUGGUGAAAGACUUAGAGAACAUGAAAUAGGUAUGGAACAUAUUAAGAAUAUGACUACUUGGUAUGAGUUGCGUCAUAGAAUGCAAAACUUUGAGACUAUUGAUAAAACAUCUCAAAGGUUGAUUAACAAAGAAAAGGAUCAUUGGAAAAGUGUUUUAAAAAGAAUUAUUUCAAUGGUGAAAUUUCUUGCUAAACAUAAUUUAGCCUUUCGUGGUUCUAAUGAGAGAUUGUACCAAAAUAGCAAUGGCAAUUUUUUAGGCUUAAUUGAAAUGUUAGCUGAAUUUGACCCAGUUAUCCAAGAACAGAUUAGACGUAUUACAAAUAAUAAUAUUCAUGUUCACUUUCUUGGACAUAGCAUCCAAAACGAGAAAAUAAUUUUGCUUGCUUCUGCAAUUAAAAAUGAAAUCAUUAGAAAAAUCAAACAAGCAAAGUAUUUUUCAGUGAUACUUGAUUGUACUCCAGAUGUCAGUCACCAUGAGCAAAUGUCUUUGAUAAUACGAUAUGUGAAUGUUUAUUCAAAUUCCGUAAGUGUUGAAGAAUCUUUUUUAGGAUUUAUGAAUGUGGAUAAAACAACUGGCCAAGGACUUUUUGAUGUUUUACAAAAUAAAUUGAAAAGGCUUGAUCUUGACCUAUUUGAUGUGCGAGGACAAGGUUAUGAUAAUGGGUCAAAUAUGAAAGGAAAACAUCAAGGUGUAAAAAUGAAAUUUCUAGACAUGAAUCCAAGAGCCUUUUAUACUCCAUGUAGUUGUCAUAGUCUUAAUUUGACGUUGUGUGACAUGGCUAACUCGUGUGUUAAAGCUAAAGACUUUUUUGGAGUUGUUCAACGCAUUUAUACUAUUUUUUCUAAUACCACUAAGAGAUGGAAAAUUUUAAAAGAUAAUGUCAAAGGGUUGACUCCAAAAUCAUUAUAA